UGUAAAUCUGGGGGUGUAAUGUUACCAUAUAUCACGCUACCUCGUAAAACCGACACGGGAGCCUGCCGGACAACAAAUCACAGGUCAAAAUUAUGAGUUCUUCGUAUUAUGUGAAUGCGCUUUUUAGCAAAUAUACGGCGGGGGCUUCUCUGUUCCAAAAUGCAGAGCCGACUUCUUGCUCCUUUGCCACCAACUCUCAGAGAAGCGGCUACGCACCGGGCGCGGGAGCCUUCGCUUCCUCCGUGCCCGGCGUGUACAAUGUGAACAGUGCCAUCUAUCCGGGCCCCUUCUCGUCCGGAUACACCCUGGGCUCAGAUGCGUACAACCUGCAUUGCUCGUCCUUUGAUCAGAAUAUCCCCGUCCUCUGCAAUGACCUGACCAAAGGCAGCUGUGAGAAAGCCGAGGCGAGCGCCCUGCACAGCCAGGCAGAGACCAAUUUCCGGAUAUACCCUUGGAUGAGGUCUUCAGGUCCGGAUCGCAAGAGGGGCCGCCAGACCUACACCCGCUAUCAGACCCUGGAGCUAGAGAAGGAGUUUCAUUUCAACCGCUAUCUGACUAGGCGGCGGCGCAUAGAGAUUGCCCACGCCUUGUGCCUCACCGAGAGGCAGAUCAAAAUCUGGUUCCAGAACCGGAGGAUGAAGUGGAAAAAGGAGCACAAAGACGAGGGAUCUGCUGCCCCGGCCGCCCCCGAGAGCGUCUCCACCACCCCUUCGGCUGGUAAAGUGGAGGAGGAAGAAGAGGAGGAGGAGGAAGAAGAGGAAGAGGAGGAAUGAGGCUGGAGUCGAAGGAAAGAGGCCCGAGCCGCCCAGCCGAGCUGUGGAGUCUGAUGGAUGCACGUGACAGUCGGAAAAGCGUCUUUAAGAGACUUACGCGUUUUAUUUUAAAAAAAGAAAAAGAAAAAAACCCUCCCCCGACCCAGUCCCUCCACCCCCAAACCUUCCGCCCUCCUAGCUCAGCUCCCAAGACUGGCCUUGCUGAGGUACUCCAGGAAGGCCGAGGUGUCUAGUCUGUUUCUUCCUCUCCCCUCCCCCUACCACUUCGUUCUCCUCCCCGAGUCCCUUGGAGUCUCCUAGUUGAGUUCCUCUACCCUGAACCCGCAUAGGCCCGGGCCCCCCUGCCAAGUCGGUGCCCUCGGUCCCGUGGCUGCUAUCCCUACCCCUGGCCGAGGGAGCCCGACGGGCACACAGCGCUGGCGCUCAAAGAAACUACCUAACAGAGCCCUUGGGCUCGGUCACCCCCUGAUGAAGAGGGCAAGGGCGUACAGGCGCCCGCCAAACUACCUAAUUAUGCCAACCCAGAGCUCUGGGGCUUCCGUUUCACAAUUCAGAAUUGUCUCUUUCGUUUUCCUUCCCGAAAGGGCAAUAAAAGCAAAGGUGGGGAAGGGUGAGACGUUCUGACAACACACAAAUACACAGAAUACACAAUUACACACACACACACACACACCUAGACAACCACUACACUCCAGCAAUGAGCUGUACUACCUAUCUGAUUUCCAAACUACCUAUUUUUUUGCUUCACCUACCUAGUUCCUUCAUUAAGACUGUACUUUAGGAAUCCGAGAAGGAUUAGAUGUUAAAGAUGACUGACAAAAAAAAAAGAAAGAAAAAAGAAAAAAAAAGAAAAAAAGGAAGAGAAAGAGAAAAAAGGCAAAAAAAAGCAAACCAUAAUAUUUUCACAAAAGGCUUUUAGUCCACUUGACUGUGGAGGAGCGCUUUUUCGUAGCUUGGGCAGAGAACUGGGGACCAGGGCUCACUGGCUUCUAUUUAAAUUGAAAAUAAUAAUAAUAUAUUUAUUCCAAAGCGAUUCUAAAUGAAAUCAUAUGCUGCAAACACGCUUUCCUCUCCUUGCCUGACCAUUCCGAGUUCAGAAGAAAAUGCCUCCGCUUCUGGGGAGGGGGCAAGGAGAGCACUCUCUUUCCCUCGGCGGCACCCCAUUAGGCUUUUGCUUGGCCAACCUUCCAAGGGCUGCAACAUCCUCCUCUGAACCCAAGUUUCUGGCGAAAGUGACCAUUCUCCUUGCCCCUACUUAUAUAUCCCAUAUUCUUACCCUUCUCACCUCUCUAUCCCACCCCAUGUCCUGCCUCUUAACUAGUGUUUAAUAUCGCCGCCCUGACUUUUCCUACGAUAACAAAUCCUGUAUAUUUGAAUGAAUUUGGGGGGCCAUUUAUAUUGUCUUGAAGCUUAUUUGUAAGACCUUUUCCGGAUUGGGGAAGGCUGUCAUUCAUUGGGAUACCUUUGUCAUGUGUUGUUUUAUUGCUAACUCCUGUAGCGAGGGAGGCGAGUGGGCAGGGCGGCUCUAACGCCCUGUUGAAGCUGCCCAGACUUGGCCCCUGCUUCUGUCCCUACCCCUGUCUGUCUCUGGUGUUAUCUUGUAGUCCUGUCAACAUUGGCGCUGCCGUCUACGUAGGUCUUGAGAGUCCCAACUGUGUGUGAACUCCAUGGAGGUGACUGUUCCAGUCUGGCCCCCACCAAAUGUGGUUUAUGUUACAUAGAAAAAAAUA